CUCUACGUGCGCUCUACGUGUGCUCUACGUAGAGCACACGUAGACUCUACGUGUGCUCUACGUAGAGCACACGUAGAGUCUACGUGUGCUAGUACAUGAAUACUCGCGUGAACUUGUACGUGUGGCUCCCCGCGGUUAGCUUUCUGCUCAAGCUAACCGUAUCCGUUCAAACGAGAACUUUAUUUACACGGAGCGACGUCACAAAGGCUUCACCCUUUAUCCUCUUCAUCCUCUUCAUCCUCAUGGACCCCAUGGAGGCUCCAAUGGGUGGCCCCCCCUUGACGGCUAUCAGAUGACAAUAGGUGGCUAAAUGAAGGCUUACAGAAGGCUAGCUGACGGCUAGCUGACAGCUAGCUGACAGAAAGCUAAAGACGGCUAUAUAGCAGGCAGCUAACGGUUAGCAUGGCCCAGCAGCGUGAUGGCGGCGGCGGCCCUGUUCUCGGAGCAGGAGCUCACCUGCUCCAUCUGCCUGGACGUGUUCCAGGAGCCCGUGUCCACGCCCUGCGGACACAACUACUGCCAGGCGUGCAUCGGCGGCUACUGGGCCUCCAGCCGCGCGGUCAGCUGUCCGCUCUGCAAGCGGCAGUUCGAGGAGCGGCCGCAGCUCGCCGUCAACAAGGUGUUCGCCCUCAUCGCCCACAACUACAAGGCGUCCCGCUGCGGCGCGGCGCCGGGCGAGGAGGAGGAGGAGGAGGAAGAGCAGGUGUGGUGUGACAUGUGCACGGGGGUCAAGAGGCCGGCGCUCAGCUCCUGCCUCACCUGCACCGCCUCCUACUGCGAGGAGCACCUGCAGCCGCACCGGAGCUCCGCCUUCUACGCCAGGCACCCGCUGAGGGACCCCCGCGAGGCCCUGGAGGGCCGCACAUGCCCCGCCCACCGCCGCCUGCUGGAGGUUUACUGUCGGUCGUGUCAGCGCUGCGUCUGUGCCGUCUGCGUCCUGGAGGAGCACCGCACACACCUCACGGUGUCGGUGCAGACGGAGAGGCUCGGGAAACAGACACGUGGCGAGGAGGAGCAGGAGAUCCUGAAGCGGAUCCGGGAGAAGGAGGCGCAUGUGAGCCAGCUGAAGAGGAGGCUGGAGGGAGUGAAGAAUUACGCAGACGGAGAGCGAAGGGAGGUGGAGCUCCUCCUGGACCAGGUGUCCAGCUCCUUAGACGGGAUCCGGUCUCAGGUGGUGGGCGGGAUCGAGAGCCAGCUGGAGGGCGUGAUGUUGAAGGGGGAGGGGCUAGUGAGCCGGCUGGAGGCGGAGCUUGGCCAGCUGGCAGACUGCAGAGCCACGCUGGAGGUCCAGGCUGUGAGUCAGGACCACAUCGGCUUCCUGCAGAGCUUCAAGGAGGCCACCGCUCCUCUGGAGGAGGAGCAGGAGGAGCAGGAGGAGCAGGAGGAGGACUUGUGCCCACUUCCAGCUGGCGGAGGUGAAGGAGCCUACGGAGGUCAGAUGGAGGACAAGAUGGGGGCGGCCUCAGAGGCCCAGAGAGCAUGCUCAGUCUGA